AUGGUCGCGCCCAAUAACCCACAUCUGUGGCUUGGUUGUCGCACUCACAAUGUGCUCGAGUGUCGUGGUAGGUUGAUUGAUGUUGGGAAAAUUUGUGGAGGGGGGUUUGGAUCUGAAGCUGGGGUUGCUAUUUUGAAGGAGGAAGGAGAUGAGAAAGGAGAACAGAAAGGGGAAGCGAAAGAGAAAGUACAGAUUGUGAAGGUUAUGAGGGUGUUUUGUCAACCUUGUCGUGAUAGGUGGGGGAUGGAGAUGGGGGUUGGAGUUGGAGUUGGAGGAGAAGUUGGAGAAAUUGGAGGAUUAAGGGUAUAUGGCAGAGUAGUUGAGAAGAGAGUGACGGACUUAGAUCGGGAGUUGAGGAAGGCGGGGAUCAUGUUGAUGGGGAGGGAGAUAAAAGAUGGUUUGAGGAAGGCGGAGGAGUGUUUUGGGAGGGGAUUGUGA